CGAGCUGAUAGUGUAUCAGCUGAGGCAGUCCGCCAUGAUCCCUCGCGCCGAGCGCAUGCGCGCGCCGCCUGCCCGCCGGCCGCCCGCUGCCCGCCCCGCCGCACUCGCGCCGCACCGGUAGACCGAGCUUCUAGUUCACCAUAAACAACCAAAAUGCAGCUGAAUGGCAGGAGGGUGGUGCAGAUGACGAAGUACUUGGUGUGUGGAGUGACAAUAUUCUGUGCGAGCUGGAUGGUGUGCGUGAGCGAGUGGCGCGCGGCGGGCGCGUGGGGCGGGCGGGCCUGGGGCAGGCGGGCGCGGGCGCCGCCGCCCACCAUGAGGACCAUCGUGGCGUACUCCGAGGAGGCGCCGGCCGGGGAGCGCCCCUGCCCCGUGGCCUGCGACCGCCUGCCCGAGCUGCCCGACGUCCCCGCUGCUAACUGGAGCUGGUCCCGCGAGCGUGGGGCGCCCCCCGCGUGGCAGGCGGUGCGCGGAGCCUCCACGCUGCUGUACCGAGCCUACUACGACGACAGGUUCCCCGUGCCCUACGUCAGGAUCCUCGCUAAAUUCCCUGGUCGUCGUUUCCCGGAAGAGGUGAAGCUGUACUGUCGGACGCAUCGGAAGAGCUCCGACAACACCAAGGACAUAACCUCCAUAGAGGUGGUCACAGCCGAGACCAGAGAGAUCUGGUACUCCACCUGGGACCUCGGCUCCAACUACAUCGAGACCCCGCUGCUGCUGUCGUGUCCCCUGACUGACCCCCUCGACGGACCCUCCACAGUAUCCAUCGUCACUGAAACCUGUGAGGAUGCAAGCAACGCCUUUAUAAUCCAACCGAAUGAAAACAAAGGUUACGAGAGAAAAUUUACAGUCUGCGUGAAAGAUUUACUCUUUGAAAAAGAUAUAUCUAGAGAUCUCGUAGAGUGGAUUGAAGCUAACAGAGUACUCGGCGUCGAAAAAAUAGACGUGUACGUCGAUAAAGUCAGCAAAGCCACUGAAAAUAUAUUAGAGCACUACCGCAGUACAGGAUUUCUAAGACUUUACAAUGUUCCUAUCAAUCACAGCUCACAACAGAAUAUUAACACAUUAUGGCAACGUAGAAGAGAUCACUUAAUAUCUUUAAACGAUUGCCUGUACAGAAACCUGAAAGAAUCCGAAUUCAUAAUUCCUCUAGAUAUAGACGAAAUAAUACUCCCCAAAAUAGCUGAUAACUUAUUAGGAUUAACAAGAAGACUGAUCAACAGUGGCUGGAACACUUCCCAGGAGUCAGCGCUAGUACAAAACGUGUUCUUCUUCGACCACAUUCAAAAUAGUGAUAAGAAGAAUUUGAAAACAAAUGCCAGUGAACUUUACUUAAAACGUGAUAGUGUACGGUUAAGAGACAAUAGUGUAGACAUAGCAAGUAAUGAGAUAUUAUACGAUAGUGACUAUGUGUUUAGUGAGAAGUACCGGGCAAGGUGUGGAGAAGACUUGUUGAUUCCGAAGCUGCUGCGUCACACGCGGAGGUCUCCACAUGUUGGUUUGUACGAGCACCCGAAGAGCCUGAUGGUGACGCGGCUGGUGCUGCUGGCCUUCAACCACUACCCGCUGGCCAGCCGAGUGGGGCCCCUGGUGCGCCCCAUGCACUGGCUUGCGCCCUUCAGCGAGGUGCAGCUUAACCAUUACAAGGCCUCCUGCAACAGCGCGCUGGUAUCCUGCGACAAGUACCUGCGCAACACGCAACCAGACCGCAACGCGCUGCGCCUGCGCCGCCGCGUGCUGCGCGCCCUCUCCGCCGCGCCCUGCCUCGCUCAUGAUGGAAUAAACUGACUUUUACA